UGAGACGCAAUGUUUUUAAUGCGGAUAAUAUAUCCAUAAGCUUGCUUUCAGUAGAGUUGUGCGUAGAAAACCAAGGGUCAACGAAGGCUUCAGGAAUUUGCUCCACAUAAACAGAAGCAAUAAAGAAAAGUGGGGAAGCGAGAGGAAAUUAGAGUGGGGGAAUGCAAAUAAUGGAAGAGAGAGCACGUGAUCAUUGAAUACGGUUUCUGAUUGGUGAAAAGGAAUCAGAGCUGCUUUCCCUCCCAGCUCGGUACCGUUCGCUCGCCCUUCUUCCGAGGUUUCGUGCAGCUGCCCGCUCAGAAUAGUUCCAGAUGUGGCCAUGUUUAGUUUGAUCUUUGAAGUUUUCGCUCAUCGUCUCAUAACUGAUACAUUUUUAUACAAUCUGCUGACAUAGUAAUACGCUCUGUCCGACCAUCGUACUUUUCGCCUGCCUGCUAGUCUCGUUCAUAAUACAUAUGUUCUUCUUUUGCUGAGAUAAAUAUCUAACGCGGAAGUACACGAAAGACGUAAACGCUGUCAUCCAUUCAGGAAAGACACGAAUCGCGUCAAGACCGUGCAUUUAAUUUUUUUUUGAUAAAAUUCUAUCGUCAAUAACAGACGCGCGUCUGAUUAACUCGCAGUUGUUUUUAACGACAAGGCGAGAUCAAUUCGUCGCUCCCUUUCUCUCUCUCUCCCAAAAAUUUUCAAUCAAAAAAGAUUGCUGUUAUCAGAUUACGGGUCGGAAAUCGUCAAAGUGGAAGCCUUUAUAUAUUCUACGAAGCUUCGGGUUAUAUUCUUGGAAAAACGCUUCUUCCUUUUUAUUCGGUUACAAAUUACAAAAAUACACACGCGUAUUUGCUUUUGAGCACUGUUCUUAUUUUCGUAUUUUAUUCGAUGUAUCACGACUGUACGGAAAAGGAAAUUUAACACACCUAUGAGCUUAUCGUUGGUCAGCCAUAUGCCACGUCAAGCAAGAAUGACGUUGCAGUGGUGAGAUCGCGCCAUUUAACGAAAUUUAAUAGCCAAGGAGAGGAGAGACACAGUGAAAUCCAUACUUCACCGAAUCUAAAGUGCAAUAAUAUCCCGGAUAAAGCAGAAAAUAAAAGAAACAUUAGUUACGAGAUAGCCUCUUGUGUUCAGACAAGAAGAAUAUUCGAGAAAAAAGAACAGAGGCGUAACGAAGGUUGAUAAAAAAGACAGAAAACCUUAAUAAAAACUGGUACAUUCGGUUAUUGGUGCGCGCACGCGCGCAAGAGAGAAAGAGAAACGGAGAGACACAUGAAAUACAUUCUGUAGGCUAAUUAGUGCCCUAUAACGAGUAUUUUCAAAAUUUCAAAUGCUAGAAUUCAGGCACGCGAUUAUUUUGCAAGUAAAGAGCCAUCGAGUGUGGUCGCGUCAAUCGAUCGAAUGAUCAUCAUCGGGCCACAGUGCUAUAUCAUACGGUACAAAACACAAUCGAUCGGGACAAAACAAUGGCAUUAGAGAGUGUUUCCGCGGCUGAGACUCUAAUCCAAAGUAAUAAUGAUAAUGACUUGGAAGAUGGGGAAAUUCCAUCUGAUGAAGAUGAUGAACCUGUGCCACCACCAAUAAAUAAUGAUGCCAAUAAAAAUACAUUAAAGACAGAUAUACCAAAAAAUAAAGCUUUCGAUUCUAAAUUUAAUAAAAAUAAGAAAUCAAGUGUUCAAGGAAGUAGUAAGCACGACAGGUUUUUGAAGUAUAAAAGCCCAACAGAAGAUUGGGCAGGAGAUGUAGAAAAAGCAAUUAGGGCAGCUUUAGAGGAAGAUGGUGCUAGAAAUCAAGAUUCCAAAUCUAAGAGUAAAAAUAAUAGAAAUAAGAGUAGAAAAAGGAUACGAGAUGAAAGAGAAGAAGACCGUAAUAAAGACCAAAAGAGAAGGAAGGUAAGCGAUGAUGAAAAUGUUAAUGAAGACGAGGAUGAAAUGUUAUUUGUUAGAGGUGCAUCACCUAUUAGGAAAGAUUCACAAGAAAAUAGUUCUCCAAGACAUACGAACGAGCAUGAGAAUUUUGAUAGUAACUCUGAUUAUGAUGAGAGGCCUAAUGUAAAUCGACAUAGAGAUAACGAUAACAAACGUAGCAAUACAAGGGGAGGUGGAGGUGGAGGAGGACGUAGAGGUGGUAAAAAUGAACGCGGCGGUAAGAAUAAAACCCGUGGGCAAAUGCGUAACGAUAGAAAUGGACGAAGAAAUCAAAAUAACGAUCACAAUCAAGAUCCAGAUGCUAUAUGUGUUUAUUACAUGCAAGGAAAAUGUCAUAGAGGAGAUGAUUGCCCUUUUUCACAUAAUGCUUUACCACCUAGAAAGAUGGAAUUAUGUAAAUUUUAUCUUAUGGAUUGUUGUGCAAAAAGAGAUAAAUGCCUUUAUAUGCAUCACGAUUUUCCAUGUAAAUUCUUCCAUACAGGAUUAAAAUGUAAUCAAGGAGAAAAUUGUAGAUUUUCUCAUCAACCUUUAAAUGAACAGGUAAAAGGAAUUUUAUUAAAACACUUAGAAACAGCACCCAAAGAAAUUCUUGGUGAUUUUCCACGUUUAAGUAGAGAAGGAGCAAUGUUAAUGAUAAAUAAUACAGCGAGAACAUUAGCACAAGGUCAAGAAAUCACAAAUCAAAAAAUUCCAAGUCUUUUUGAGCUUAAUAUAUCAGCACCAACUACUACAGAAAAAAAUAAUGAGAAAGAAGAAAAAGAAGAACAAACACAGCAACAGAAAGGUGUUAGAGAAAGAAAACCAUCAGGUAAAAAAACCCGAUGGGGUUCGGACGAAGAUAGGGUUCCAUACGAACAAAUCAUGCUAUUACAAUCAGCCAAUGAAUUUGGUCUACAACUUCCUAAUGCUGCAUUGGGUUUAGCAACUCAACAGCAAUUACAUCAAAAAUCAUUAGUAUCUCAAUCUAUGCCAAAUAUGGAUUUUUAUACUGAAACUAAUAACAUAGAAUCAAACAAAACAAAUUUAAAUAAAAUUCGAGAAAGAGAAGAUUUUACAAAAGACGUAGAAGAGGACGAAAUUUUAGAACAGGCAAAAAAGAAAGAUACAUCAUUACUUGAAGAUUCAAAAGACGUAGAUUUAAGACAGUUAUUAAAGGCGAAGAAACCGCCACCUGUCGUUAGCAUAGCCGAUGAAGUAGCAAAUCUUACUAAAUCUAAGUUCGAUGAAGAAAGUGAUCAAGAUGAAGAAACAGAUCUUAUUAUAGAAAUGCCAAUUGAAGAUGAUGAUAAACAGAAAGAUAAAGGUAUAGAUCAAGAAGAAACGAGUACUGUAAAUGAAGAAACUAAUAAUCAACAUACUUCAUCACCGUGUACUGAAGAUCAAGAAAUACCAGCUCAUUUACCAAAGAAGGCACAAGAAUUGUUUAUGCGUAUUCAGCAACAACAACGAGCAGCUCAAGACAGUUUCAAAAAUAUAGAAAAUGAGUGCUCUGCACGAAACACGGAUCAAAUUUUAGAAGAUUGGUACUCAGAUGAUGAAGAUGAUGACGAUGAUGAGGAAGGUGGAAAUCUUACGAUAGUACUUUCUAAUAAGGACACAUCAAAAGAAGAAAAUGAAUCUGCAGAAAAAACACAAAAUAUUGUGAUUAAAGAAGAAUUUCAAACUAUAUCCUCUGCAUCUAGCAUACCUCAGCCAGCAGCUAUUGUGGACAAACUUGGAGAUUUAAGUAAAAUUGACAUUAGUGCCGAGGUAUCAAAGUUGCUAUCGUCAUUAAAGGCACAUAGUUCAACAACUAGUAAGUCUGCUCAGCAAAAUAUUAAUACACAAGAUUAUUCUUUAAAAGUUAAAUCUUCACCGGACAGAAUGUCGUCAGAUGAAUUAAACAUUCAUAAUAAAAAUAUUACUACAUUUAGUACUACAAAUCAGUUAUCAAAAAUUGAGAAUGAAAUGUCGAGUCCACGUUCCUCACCUGGAACAAGUUCUAUACCUGUAUCCAGAGAUCCACGCAUGUCUCGAGAUCCUAGACAACGUAGAGAGGAACAAAAAUCAAAUAGUCCUAGUAGGAUAGAUAAUAAAAAAGAAUCUAAGCAUCUUAGAUUAGAAACAAGUAUCUAUAGUUCCGGUAUUACUGCUGUUGAUACUAAUAUGGAUACGGAUCUUCGAACUAAAACAGAUCAAGAUCUUCGAAGAAAAGAUAUGGAUUUCAGACAACAAUUUCAAACUGGUUUCGGAGACACAGAUCUCCGAGUUGUCGGAGCAGGAUUCACCGAUACAUCUACUAAAUCUGAUGUCGAUUUGCGACAAAUGUUAAGCUUGCCAUUUAAACCGGCACCGUCGCACGUACCUUGCACAGAAAUUGAUGCAAGCAUUUCUUCACAUCCUCCAAUGACAUAUAAAGUGUACGUUGUUGACAUACCAAGGCCCGAUUACACAGGUCUUAAACUUACUAAGAACGAUGCGCAAGUGAAAUACGAUCCGCGAUUACGCAAAAUUUUUAGAAUCGGUAAAGUUGAAUUAGCUGAUUCUCCUAUGUCUCCACCUCCAGUUAAAAUGGAUACUCCAAAAUCACCUCCGCAAGUUCGAUCAGAUCCACGUCGAAAAGCUCUCGAGGCUUCCAAUUUAUCUUCUCAAAAUGUAAAUGCUUCCAUGAUGAAAAAUGUUCAACAGUCAUCAAUAGAAAUUUCGAACAUGGGAAUAGGUCCUGGAGGAAUGUCUGUUCCUCAAGGUAUGCCUGGGCCACAAGGUAUGCAAGGACAAGGCAUGAUGCCGAUGGGUCCAAGUCCAAUGCUUGGAAACAUAGGCCCAAUGGGAUCUAUAAUAAGUACACCUAUGGGCCCUCAAAAUAUACCACAAAUGAAUAUAACAGGAAUGUCUAAUAUGCCUCCAGGAAUGACCAUGAAUGGACCAGUUGUGCCUCAAAAUCAGAUGAACUUCGACCCUCGUUUUAAUGUUCAACGCAACAAUGGAGCUGGGUUAUUAGGUCCAGCACCUGGUGUAGGUUUUGGACCAGAUGUUAAUUCUUCAUAUGAUGGUGCAUCAACAUAUUCUGGUGGUAAUUUCAAUAACUUUGGUCCUGGUCCUGCUCCAGUACCUCCAGAUUCUAGCAUGAUGAGCUUCAAUCCGAAUGGUCCGAAUACAAACUUUGGAAUGGAGGGACCAGAGUGGAAUGGGACAAAUCAAAAUAGACGUGGUGGGCGAAUUAGACGACGAAAUCGAAACAGGACCAAUAUUGUGACUAAUAAUUAAGGCAAUAAGCAAUUUUGAAUAGGUACAUAAGCAUAGUACCUGGUGAUAAUUCUCAUUGUAAUUUAAAUUUGUACAGCAUGCAUUAAUAAUAAUGCAUUCAUUUAUG